GUUAUGAAGAAACAAGAAAGUGGUUUAGCUCUGGUACAGUCUGCAAUUGCUGCAUCUGAGAAAGUUGCUCGCACUUCUAAUCAAGGAGGAAAGGAUAUUAUUGCAUCUGAAAUUCAUGAACUACAGUCACAAUGGGAUCGUUUGCUACUAAGCAUAUCUGAAAUUAAAAUUGCUUUGGAAACUGCAUUACUUCAGUGGGCUGAUUUUACAUCUUCUGAAGCAAAACUUAUCCAGUGGCUUGAAGAACAUGACCAAAAGUUAAAGGAAGUUAAGUCAAUGAACUUGCCUCCUGCUACCAAGGAAAAUAUUAAUCAGAGACGUGCUAGGCUACGGAAAGCCAAUAGCAUUGUGCAGGACAUAGAAUCAUUUGAACCAAUGAUAGAAUCUGUUCAUUCAAAAGCAGAACAGUUACAACAGCAAGGAAUAUCACCAGAAAUUCAGAACAAAUACCAUACUCUUAUGCAAGAGGCCAAAGGAUUCAGAGAUCAGCAAAAAGGUGUCAUGGAUGUUAUACAGCAGUUUGUAGAUUCAUGCAUUGAAGUAAACAAAUGGUUGAGUCAAUCAAGAGAAAAACUCAGUAAAUGUGCUAUGCCUUCUGGUGACAGAGAUGUUUUGAGAGACAAAACUAAUAAAAUAAAGAUUUUACAGUCUGAAUUGGAGGAAGGUCUUGAAAAGUUGAGACAAGCUGCAAGGUUUGGUGAAAUUGCAAAAGCAAAUGUUGAAGAUGAAGAAGAAAAACUUAUGAUAGAUGAUGAAUUGGCUAGAUUGCAAGAAGAAUAUGAAAAUCUAAAAGAAAAUGUUUCAGAAAUUAAAAUUUCACUUGAUGUUGGAGUUGUAAAGUGGAAUGAGUAUGAUGAACAAUAUUCAAAGUGUUCUCAGUGGUUGUCAGAAAUGGAGCCACUUGUAAAUUCCUAUGCAAAACCUCAAGCUGACCUGCUAAGUAAAAGAGCUCGCCUACAAGAAUUUCAAGAUCAUCUUCAGACAAUAUUUGACUGGCAAGGGGAAUUUGACAAGCUAAAUAUGAAAGCACAGUUACUUCUGGAAACUUACUCUGAUUCUAGCAUUUCCAAUGCAUUUACUCAACUUUCAAGAAAAUAUGGUGCCCUUGUGUCAUUUUCAAAAGAAGUAAUGCAUCAGUUAGAACAUCAUUUCCAGGAACACCAGCAACAACAGUGCAUGUACAGUGAAUGUAUUGAAUUAAUUGAUGUAUCACGAGAAAGACUGAAUGACUGCAUUCGACCAUCCAGUAGUGUUGAUGAAAUAAAUGCAAAAUUGAGCAGCCUGCGUGUUUUGGCUAAUAGUAUGGAACAAGCUCAAAAUAAGAUACGAUAUACCAUGGAACUUACAGAAAAAGUUAUUGCUAACACAGCUUCUGAUGGCACCUGUAGCAUAAAAGAAGAUGCAGAUAACUUGAAAGCAGACUUUGAUGUUUUACUUAAAGAUAUUGCAGAAGCACAAUCUAGUUUAGCUGAACGUCUGGCUGUGGUAGGAGAAUUUACUAAAACUCUGCGGCAAUUUAGAAUCUGGCUAGAAGAAAUUGAAAGUGAAAUAGAGACAGCUGGGAAACAGGAAUUAAAUUCUCUCAUUGAAAAGAAAUCUGUUCUUGAAAAGUAUAGCACUGUAUUGAAAGAACUAGAAAGCCAUGACGCUGUUGCCAAACGAUUGAAAAUGGAUGCUACUGGGCAUCCAACUGCUCAAGAAGAAAUAGAAGAAUGCUUAGACAAGUACAAUAAUUUCUUAACUAUAACUCAGACUUGCACAUCUCAGUUAACUUCUGAAAUUGAAGAACUUGAAAAUUAUAAAGCCGCUUAUUCUGCUGCUGAAACAUGGAUUAGAGAUAUGAAGUCUAAACUUCAUGGUAUUGAUUUUCAAGCUGACAGUAAAAAUGUGAUUGAAGAAAAGAUUAGCAAAUUUAAGAUUAUCCAAAAUUCUGUAAAUGAAGGUGAAACUCUAGUAAAAAAAUUUUCAGAAUUAGGGCAUACAGUUAGUAAUAAUUUGGGUAUUUUAGGUAAAGAAAGAAUAGCACAAGAAAUUGAGUCAUUAUCAUCUGCUCUUGACUCUAUUUUGCUACUUAUUAAAGAAACUGAGUUUGGUCUAAAGAGAUGUCUUGAUGCAUGGACUGAAUAUGAAAGCUCAAAACAUGAGACAGAUAGUUGGCUAAAUGCUUUCCAGAAUAAAGUUAAGCCUUACAUGGAGAGCAGCAGUGAAAUUAAUGAUACUGAUAGGCUUGAUCAUUUGAAAAAAUUAUAUGAUGAGCUAAAUGAUCAUAAAGGAGAUAUAGAUGCUUUAAAUCAUAUAUGUGAAAAUUUGGUAGAUGUUAGCUCUUUCACUGCUGCAAGAGAUCAGGUAGUUUUACUAUCAGGCACAUAUUUCAGCUUAUCAUCUAAUCUUUUGGACAUCAUAACAAAACUAGAAAAAUAUAUCUGUAAUCAAGGAGAAUUCAAGGAUGCCCGCAAUGAAUUUCUAAAUUGGUAUAAUCAAAGUAAAGCAAUUCUUGAUGAAAAUUCUCAUCUGAAAGGUGAUGAGGAAUUGCUGCAAAAGAGACUUCACACUAUAAAAGGACUUAAUGCUGUUCUUUUAGAUGGUCAAAAAUUGCUUAAUCAUGCUCUUGAUUCUGGUUCCAAAGUUCUGAGAGUUUUACCUGAUGCUGAAAAAUUAUUGGUUAAAGAAGAAAUGGAUACAUUAAAACAACAGUUUUCAGAAUUUAGCAAAUCUGUUGCUGAAAUUAGUGGCUCUUUAUCAUCGGUAUUGUCAAGGCUUCAAGAAUUUGCACAAAAUAAGAAUAAAUUUAUCGAAUGGCUUAAUAAUGUAAUGUCAAAGUUACCUGAUAAAUUAGAAACAAAAGGUGAUAUUGUAGAAAUUAGAACUAAAAUUGAAAACUGUAAACAAAUUCAUAAUGACAUGGAAAAUCAUAAAAUGCAGCUUAAGGAGUUGCAAGUUGAAGCAAAAGAGUUAGCUCUAAAAACCGGUGAUGAUAGUGAAAUAACCAAACUUGAUGAAUUGUCUAAUAAUUUCAAAACUGUUCAUCACAAAUGCCAAGAUUUUUUAACUCAGUUAGAGACUGAACUGUCUAAUUUACAAACAUAUAACCACGCUCUUCAAGAAACUGAAAAAUGGCUGUUGCAGAUGUCUUUCCAUUUAAUGUCUCAUCAUUCAUUACAGAUUUCAAAUCUUGUUAAAACUAAAGAACAAAGCGAAAAGCAUAAGACUUUGCUUAAAGAAAUUCAAGAUUAUCAGAAGAUAAUCGAUGCUUUGAAAUUAAAGGGAAGUAAGUUGAUCUCUGAUUAUAAAGAUCAAGUACCAAAAUUAGAAAAUCAAAUUGAACAGCAAAUGAAUAAUGUUCAAGAAAGUUAUGAUUCUUUGUUGAUGACAGCUGAAAACAUCCAAGCUCAGUUAGAGGAUGCAUUGCUGAAAUUCAAAACAUAUGAAGAAAGUCUUUUAUUUUGUGAAAAACUUUUGAAUGAAACAAAACCUUUUAUUUCCAGUGGCUUAGAUGCAUCUAAACUUGUUUCCCAAGAGGCUAAGGAGAAACUGGACGUGUCGAAGAACAUACUAAAAAAACUGAUGGAUGGAAGAGAAAAGCUACAACAAGCAAUUCAAGGAUGUGUUGAAGCAACUUCUUCCAUCAGUAGACCAUCGAGUCCUGAUGUAGGAUUUGCAUCUUCUCUACCUGAAAAAGAAAUGCAAAUAAAAAUUCAGCUGCAAGAUUACAUUGAACAAAUACAAGCGUUUGCUCUUUCUCUAGAAACUAUAGUUAGAGAAUGGGAAAAUAUUUCUCAAAUGAAAGAUUCAAUAGAGAAGUGGAUUAAAGAGAAAGAGCAAUUUAUUGUUUCAAUGGAAGCUAAAAGUUUGACUUUCAAUAUAGAAGUUCUAAAUUCAUGGCUGCAUGAUCUCGAGGAAAUUAAGAUUCAAAUAUCAGAAAAGGAAUCUGAUAUAGAUUCUAUGGAAAAGAAAGAAAAACAGUCUCAGGUUUCUAGUAAUUUGACUUAUAUACGAGAAAAACUAAAAAUGUUGGAUGAGCAUGUUGGUCAACUAAUUAAUAAAUGCAUAUCUAGGAAGUUGACUAUAGAAGAAAUGAAAGUUCUCUUCAGUGAAAUUGAAUCCCAAAUAAAAGCAUCAGAUGAAAGAAUUGAUGCUAUAGAAAAGCAAACAAAUACUGGAAAUAGCCAGAAGAAGCAGCUUUUGCAACAGAGCUCUGAAGAUCUUAAAGUAAUUGAUAUGCUUAUAACAAAACUUAAAAAUAUGAUAGAUAGUUUAAGGAACGAAUUCAGUGAAGAGAGUCAGACAGAUCUGCAAAAUAGGAUUACUUCUUUGGAGAAAAGGCUUGAAGACCUUCGAAAUAGGUGUCUACGUAAAAUUCAAAGCAUUGAAUUACUUCAAACCAAUAUUAAUGCUCUAACCAUUGAGCUUUCAUCAAUUAAAGAAUGGAUAAAUGAGAAAAGAUCUCAGCUAAAUACAUUACCAAAGCCUGGUUACCAGAGUACUUCCAUUGAAAGUUCUUUGCAGGAGAUCAGAUCCAUGCAGCGAGAAACCUUAAAUAAGGAAAUAGUCAUUCAGUCUUCUAGGAAAAAAGUUGAAGCAUUGUGCUCCGAUGUUGACCAGAGAGAAGUUGAUUCAUUACUUACAGAAAUGGGUGCUAUAAAAAUAAAAUUUGAAGAACUUUGCAAAGCUUUAGAUGAGUGCAUUGAGAAACUCAGCUGUCAUUUAUGUAAAAGUAUAAAUUUUGAAAAGCAAAUUCACGAUAUUAAACAAUGGCUAACUGAGAAAGAACAGCAUCUAAAUAGAUUUGAAUGGUUUCCUGGAAGGGCAGAAGAUCUACAAAAUGCAAAAUCCAUUUUUGCAAAAGAAGAAAUAAUAAUUAAGGAAUAUGAAGAAACAAUUAUUUCUGAUCUCUAUAAAUAUGCUGAUGAAUUAGAAGAAAUGUGCAAUAUUGAAGAUCAGAGAUUUUUACAUGCAACAAUGGAUGAUACCAAAAGGCAGUUAAUUCAAGUGAAGAAAUUACUUGACAAGAAAAUGGAGGAAUUAAAUAACAUGAUAUCAGAACAAAGGAUUCUGGAUGAAACUCUUGAAAGAAUCCGUUCUUGGUUGAAUAACACAGAGGUGAUUUUGUCAUCUGAUCUGCGUUUAAAUGUUUCAGUCGAAGUUAUUGAAGAACAGAAAAAAACAUACUUUUCUCUGUUAGAAGAAAGUAAAAAGAUAUUUGAUGAUAUCAAAGUGAUUCAAGAUGCUGCAGAUAAUGUAAUGAAAAAAAUGAGAGGUGGUGAUAAAAUCCAGUUAGAAAGUGAUUUGAAAAAUAUUAAAGAAAAGCACCGCCGUUUUGAAGAUAUAUUUAGAGAUCGGUUACAGUUAUUAGAUGAUGCUAUUGCUCAACAAAAAGCACAAAAAUUUCAUCUUGAAGAAGGCAUUCGAAAACUGGAAAGUACCAAGACUGAAAUGCAGCACUUAGCCCAGCCAUUUGGUCCAUAUGUAACAGAUGCAGAGUCUGUUAUAGAACGUUACGAAACAAUUUUGCAUAGAGUUGAAGACAUCAAAGAAAAGUUACAAAGUAUAAAACCCAUUGCUAAUUUAGUGGAUGAGUUUUCAAAUUUAAUAUCUAAAUACAAUGAAACUCUCCAAACUCUACAAGAUAGGUAUAUGAAAGCUAAACAGUCAUGCUUAAUUCGAGAGCAGUAUCAUAGUCUUAUAAAAGAAAUUAAUGAAACAAUUUCCUCCUGUAACGAAAGUGUUACUUAUGUUCAAGAACAAACACUCACAGCUGAUGCAAAAGUUUCAAAAUAUCAAGAAAUACUUAAUGAUGUAGUAGAGUGUGAAGCUAAACUGACCAUAGCUAGUGACAAAGGAGAACAAAUAGCCAAAGAAGGUACUGCCACUGACUGCAAUAAAAUUAUGGAUGAAUUGCAGAAGUUAAGAAACAAAUUGAAUGAAUUAAAGAAAAUUGUCAAUAAUUUGAAAACUGAACAUGAAAAUCUUGUUGCCAGUCAGAAGAAAUUGAUCUCAGAUUUGGACAAUAUAUUGGAGAAGUUACAAGAUGGUGUAUCUGUAAUGCAGUCACAGCCAUUGUUGACACUUAAAUCAUGUGAUGUGCAGAAGGAGAUUAAUAAGCAUAAGGAAUUGGCUUCCAGAUUUGAAGGUUAUUUAAAUGAAGCAUCUGUACUUUGCAGUCAAGUUGAGGGAGAACUUAACAAAGGAAUAUUUCCUGCUUCAUUUCUUGCCCAAAUUGAGGAGUGUACUUUAUUGCAACAAACUUUACCUUUAGCUAUUGAAGAACAACUGCAGUAUCUCAAAUUAGCUUUAAAUACUCGAAAAGAGUUUGAUCGUCUGAAAGAAAACCUAGAAAAGUGGUUAAGUAAUGCUGAAAAAUUGCUUGAAGAUCCAUCACCUGGUGUUGAUUUCCAGAAUGUGAAUUUCAAACUUUUAGAGUUGCAAAAAUAUUUCUCAGAUAUCAGCUUUCAAGAAAAUCAAUUCUCUGAAAUACAAAAGCUUUCUUCACAAAUACGUCCAACAUUACAAAAUGACCAAGUACCACUUUUAGAUGCUGAUAUUGAAUCUCUGAAAAAGAAACUAAGUAGGAUUGUAAACUUAUCAGACAAAGUAAUUACAGAAACUGAAGUAGAUUGUUCAUUAUGGAAAGAGUAUCUAGAAUUGAUAAAUAAAGUCUCUGAUGUCUUGAAAUCACCUGUACCUGAGGAAAAACCAAGCAGCAUUGCAUCACUGAAUUCAGCAAUAAAACGAGUUGCACAACAGCUCCAAGAAGCUCAGAAGAAUCAAAUUUUAAUAAAUGAACUGAAUGAAAAAGUCAGAGCACUUAACCGGCGAGCUAGCAAGACUUCAUCAGAUGGCAUUAAUCAACAGAUACUUAAUAUAAACACUGAGUGGCAAGAACGCUUAUGUCUCAUAGAGAACCAUCUUUCUGCAUUGACUGAUAUUUUGAAUCAGUGGGAAGUGUACUCUGAAGUUGAUAGUAGUAUCCAAAGUUCUUUGAGAGAAUUUGAAAUGCGACUUGAUACUGCUACAUCAUUACCUACCGAUGAAGAUACUUUGAAGCGCCUCUUGAGUGAAGUGAAACAUCUAGGUGAUUCUAUUGGGAAUCUGUCGUCUCUGUCAUCUGGAGUUAUUUCCUAUUUAAAUACUCUGCCGAAUGGUUCGGACCCUGCACGACAGAUCAGGGAUCAUCUGCAAAGUGUGCAAGAAAGAUACCAGAGGCUUUUAGAUCAUGUAGAAAAGAAAUUAAAAUCAGUGCAGGAAGAAAAAGAGGUGAUGAAGGAAUUAGAGUCUGAAAUUGUUGAGGUUAAGAAGAAAACCCUCAAAAUAGAAGAAAAGAUUAAAAGUCUUGAUUGUUAUGUAGAUGAUCUUGAGACAGUGGACAGAACAAUGACAGAAGUACGAGAAGAAGUUACUACAGUCACUGAAACUGUGAAAUCUGUAACAACUCGUACAAAAGAUACUUUUUCGAAGAAGAAAACUAGUAUUCCUGAGUCUGUAACCAAGGCAUUAUCUUCUCUAGAAUUGUUAUCAGAAGCAACAUCUUCAGCAUUAGAGAGCAAGGAACGGGAUUAUAAAAAAGCUCGUGCAAUACGUUUAGAAUAUACAGAGGCAUUGGAUGCAGUUGUAGCAUGGCUUCAAAAAGCCCAAGAACAGUUACAAGAUAAAUCUAAUUUACCAGAAGCAGCACUGGAAGCUAUCAAUGUUUUGUUAUCUGAAGUACCCGGUGUGAAAGCUAAACUAGAAACUGUACGUAGAAAUGGCUUGCUUAUUGCUGAAAGUACUACUAAUGAAAGUGAAAAACAAGUGAUUCAAGGUUCAAUAAGAUCUUUGGAAGAUCAGAUGAGUAAAGUAGAAUCAUGGCUGUAUGAAAGGGAAGUUCAAGUUAAAGAAGCUGUAAAUGCACUCCGUCAGUUUUUGGAGUCUCAUGCCAUUAUUCAAGCAUGGGUCCAAAAAGUUGAUUCAUAUCUUUCCUCUGAUUUUGAACUCGUAUCUCUAGAAGAAUCAAAGCAAAAGCUGUUUGAAUUGCAGGCUUUGUCUAAGGAGUCAGUGCAAGUGCAGCAGCAUAUUAAAAAUAUGGGUAAGAGACUGGAAAAAAUUGGUGAUGUGUGCAGUGCUGGAGAUCUCUCUGACAUGCUUGAUAACAUUGAACAAGAUGAGAGCAAUGCUGAUAGUAGGCUCCAGGAACAACUGUCUCUCCUCCAAGAAAUGGUUGAAGAAUGGGAGCAAUGUGAGCGAAAAAUUAAAGAAGUUGCUGCAUGGGUAGAAAAGGCUAAAUCUACUCUUGAAUCACCUCAGUUCAAAAAGAGAAGUUUAAGGGAUCAGCUAACAACAAGAGAGAAAAUGAUGUCAGACAUGUCAGUUCAAAAAACAAAAGUUCUAAUGGCUCUUGAAAAGUUGCAAGUGCAUUUGAGAUCUCAAUCUAGUGGUCAACACCAGACCCUAACCCGAGGUCAGAGUGUGCAAGAGGAAUUGGAAGCAUUACAUUCACAAGUUGAAGAUCAGUGUGAAAUUUUACAAGUAUGUGUUGUUCAAGAGGAUCAGUAUCAGCAAGAUUUGCAAACUUUGAAACAUGCAUCUUCACAAGCAGAUCACCAGCUGAAGUUGGCUAGUAGUCCAAGUGUGAAUAUAGAAGAAAAAGAGAAACUUAUGGAGCUUCAGCAGGCAUUAAAAGACCAGAUUCAGAACUACAACAAGCAAAUCUCUAUUGUCCAAGAUCGCAUCAAGAUGAUUCACCAGACAAGGUCUCCUGAUAAAGAUCCAUAUAAAGCACAUAUUAUACCUCUUCCAAUGUCAGCUAUUCUUCCUCCCCCUCCAAAAAUAUAUAUUCCUCCAGAAUCACCUAUUUUUGGUGAAGUUAAACAAUCGUAUAAAACAAAAGAGAAAUUUGUUAAAAAAUCCCAUUCUCCAACUUCUACUGAUUUAAAACCUAGUUAUGCUACAGUAGCCUCUGGUAGAGUGAGUCCUAUACUAACUUUUGAUGAAAGUAAUUUAGUGGAAAAGUCUGUUGUAUCUACAGUUACAAAAACACGAUCAGCUCCUACAGUUAAAUCUUCUCAGUCCUCUUUAGAUCAAUCUAGAGAAAAAUCCAAAAAGCCUGAAACUCCUUUGGUUGAGGAAAAAAUUUCUCCUCCAAGCUUUGAAAGGUCUCAGCAGUUUUCUAGUGAUAAAAAGGCGGAAAAAGUGCAAAAGCCUCCAGAAAGUUCUGUUACUGUGGAUGGAACGUCAUGGGCAUCUGGAUUUCUUUCUAAACCAUCUUAUGCUGAUAUAUUGUCAGGUCGUAUUAGUCCUGUACCUACAUCCCCAACGACUGCAGACUAUCCAGGGAAUAGAGUUGUUACCUCAUCAUAUGAAAAAGAAGUUUUAAGUACUGAGGAAGGAGAGAGUACAACUGAAAAACUUGAAUCAUCUGCUUUUAAAUCUUGCUCAUAUUCUACUGCAUCUUCUGAGCCUGUCAUUGAAAUGCCAGAUUCACCAGAUAUUUCUAGAACUAAGUUUCAUAAACAAAAAGUUCCUACCAGUCCUGUUGGUGGUCAUUUUGUACGAGGAGCAUCUCCAAAAUUUUUUGACCUUAAAACUAGGACUCCUUCACCUUCUGUUAGCUUAAAAGAAUUUUCAGAAUCACGUGUUUCAUCUACAUCAGUAUCAAAAACUGUGGUAUUUUCAGAAGGAGAACGCCAUGUGACUCAAACUGAGUCAUCUCAUAGUCAGAUUGAAACCAAAUCUUAUUGUGCUUCUCCACCAGAAUCUCGAAAACUAACGUAUGCACAAGUUGCUCGAAUAAGUAGUCCUGUAACUGAGGGAAGUAGAAGUGCAUCUCCAAGGCCAGGUUCCAGCUCUCGACCACAUUCCCAAACAUUCCAGAAAAGUGAUCAUAGUUUUCCAUCCAAACCUCCAGAUCCAGGCAGUGGUCACUCAAAAUCAGAUUCCGCUCAAAAGUCUUUUUUAGAGGUUAAUUCUGACAAUCGAAACCGUCCUAAAUUAGAUCCUUCAUCUAAAGGUAGUGGAAAAAAUAAUGAUUAUGAGUCUUUUUUAUCCCAAAGUUCUGAACAGGACCAAAAAAACUUGAUUAGGCCUCUGCUCAGCCUUGAGGAGGAUGUGCCAUUUGUAGCACAUCUGCUGAGCAGGGGCAGGAACUACCAUCAUCCUCUUUUUUGUGAGGUUUUAAAUAUCUCACAGAAAGUUAAGGGAAAGGUACAAGAUUGCAUGUUUUGCAUCUUUGGCUUGUGUAAAGCCAGUUUUGAAGCUUCAGUUAAGGAAGCCCUUUCUCUUUUAUCAAACAAUCACGAUUCUUUUUUUAGUAUUAGUCUUUUAGGUCAAACUAAAAUAACUUCCAAUAAUUGCUGCCAUGUUGAACACUGGAUUUCUUUAAAUCCAUUUACUGAAUCCAUAUUGAUGUGCUUAAUAUGCGGUUGUUUAUGUCCAAAACAAUUGCUUAGUAAAGACAUUCCUUUUGCAUCUUUUUAUAGUUAUUGGGAAUCCUUUGCUUUUUCUCUUUUUAGUAUUUUUGGGGCAAGACAUGUUACAGUUUUCCAUAAUCUGCCUUUCAAAAGCAGUGCAAAAGUCUCUUGUCAGAGUUUAAAAGACACAUUUUUUGUGGAAUCUGAUUUGGAAUAUCUUACAACAAAUGACAACCUUUUUUUGUUAAAAUCAAUCCUUUCAAAAAGUAAUCUUGGAAAAAUAACUGAAUUAAAGUUGCAAAAUCUAGUUCCUUAUCCUCUCAUUUUAAUUGAUUUUGAAAAUUAUGUUGUAAUUCCUUUCAAAAUGGAGCUUAGAAAAGAAUCAGAAAAUAAAACUGUACCAGUUGUGAAGAAUGCUGUGGAAUUAGAAGGUAAAAUAAACAUUUCAUUUGAAGAUGAACAUAAAAAUACACUAUGUGAGUUAUCCAAAAGGAAUGGGGAGGAAGAAUGCUGCAGUACUGGUGUGAAAAUUGUGCAUCAAGACAGAACUCAUUCUCAUUCAAAGAAGUACUUCGUUGAUGCUAUAAAUCAAGAAAUUCCAGCUAAAAUUUCUGAAGUCCAAGAAAUAAAUCCGAAGGAACUUCAGUCUGAUGUUCCCAGAAGAGUUGAAAAAGUCUGUAUGACUUCUAGCACAACAGCUAUAGUAAAAUCUGUAGAGAAUUCUGCUGAUACUGAAACUACCAGUAGGACCAUAUCUUCUGCCUUAAAAGAUAUUGAAAAGUCUGUAGAGACUUCCGUCUCAAAUGGAUCUGUCGUUAUGACUAUAUCUUCUAGUUCAUCAGCAAUUGCAAAAUCACUGGAGUCUUCCAUUGCUAGUACAUCUGCCAGUGCUAGCACAGAAGCAGUUCCAAAAUAUGUAGUAGCUCUUGUUGCUAAUGAAUGUAUUAGUAAGUCUAUGUCUUCUAGUGCAACAGGUUUUGCAAAAUCUUCAGAAACUUCUGUAGCUAGUGAAUCUAUCAGAAAAACUGCCACAAAAACUAUGGCAAAAUCUAUAGAAACUUCUGUUACAAGCGGAUCUGUCUGUACAACUAUGUCAUCUAGCACAACAGCUGUUGCAAAAUCCUUAGACACUUCUGUUGCUAGUGAAUCUAUUAGUAGGAUUAUGCCUUCAUCUUUGAGUGCAACAACAGUUGCAAAUUCAAUUGUGACUUCUGUCACUGGUGAAUCUGUCAAUAGGGUUAUGUCUUCUAGCACAAAAACUAUUGCAAAAUCAGUACAGACUUCUGUUGCUAGUAAAUCUGUCAGCAGGACUAUUAGUGCUUCCCAUGGGAAUUUAAUUCAGGACAUAGCUUUAGAUAGUCAAAUGAAUGCUUUGAGUUCAGAUGCUCAGAUUGAAACUAGUCAGUUGAGGCCCACUGAGAAAACGUCUGAUUUAGAAGCUGACUUUCCUUUUGAUCAAAAUACUAACAUAUUUGUAUCUAAAAACGAAUUAUCAAAACUGAGCAUGGUUCAGCAGGCCACUAUGGAAUACCCAUCUAAGGAUGAAAAAGAAUCUGUCCGAAUUACAGAAGGUGCUGAUAAUACAAGUUCUGAAAGGAGUUAUAUGGUUAGAAAGUCAUUUCAAACAGUCCAGAGAGAAAAAAAGGUUAUUUCAAGAUCUCAACACAUUAAGUACAUUAUCAGUAGUUCUGAAUCAAAAGAAGGUGAUGUAAAAGAAAGAUCUGCUCUAGUAACUCUAAAAUAUGAUCAAGAUCCUGAAUUUUAUCAAACUACUCUGCUUGAAAAUCUUAAUAAAGAAGAGCAGCAGGGUAUUUUGAAUUCUGAUGAGAAACAUUUAGAGUUAAAACACUCUGAAGAUUCUGAUGUAAAAAAGUACAUCUGUUUAGAAGGGGAUACCAGUUUAUUUGCUAAUCAGUUUUUAAAAAGUGUAGAGCAUAAAAAUAGCGAUGAUGCAAAUCUGUCCAAAGCUUCUUUGCAAAUCAAUCUGGAAGCUGAGGAAGAAAAGUCAAAAAAGAGCAUAAAGAUACCAUGUGAUGGACUAAUAAUACAGGAUUCUCCUGAUCAGCUUAAAAUGGAACAUACUUCAUUCAUAUGUGGCAGUAAAGGAGAUCAUAUAAGUCUGAAAGCAAAGGAAGCAGCUACAGAAAAACCAAGAGCAUCUACUGAUGAUCAUUGGGUUUCUGUUUCAAGGGAUAGCCCAUUGCUUCUAAAAGAUACACAUUUACAAGAUGAAAAAACUUAUGGUAACAUUAGUGAGAAAUAUAGCAUUGAUCUUGGAGUAAAUUUAAGUGGACUGCAGAGCAGCAUGAUUGAUAAAAUAAGUACUAAUUCAGGAGAAGCAACUAUAUGUUCCUCUAAUUUUGAAGAGCAAAAUGUAAUAACUGAAAACCAAUUAAAAUUGAAUAAAAAGAAAAGAAUUACCAAAAAGAUUUCCAAAAAACAAAAAUUAUCUUCAUUGCAGGGAGAAAUAUUAAAGGCUACAACUUCCUCUGCAUUUCAAAUCCAAAGUAAUACAGUGCAGGAAAAACACAUUGUAAUGCCUAAUGUGUGUCCUAAAAUAUCAGGUACAGGACAAGAAGAAUGUGUUAUAUAUCCAGAUGAUAUAAAUAAACAUGGAGAAGGGAAAGUGUCUGUUGAAUUAUCAAAAUUGUCCAAUAAUGAUAAAUUCACUACUGAAGAUGAAGUUCCAAGUAAUAUUUUAACCAUCAGUUCAAAAUUUUCUGCUGGUGAGAUUCAUGCAAAUGCUCCUACUUCAAAAGUUUCUGAAACUUCAAGAACUUGGAGUACAAGAGCAGUGGCAUCUGCUGCAUCAAAUGAUGAUGAUAAUAAAUCUGAAUCUGUUCUUCAGUUUCCUAACAAACAAGCUGUUAUAACUCUUACUGCUGUACCUAUUGAUGAAAAACUACCAUUUUUACAUUUUGAGAGUGAGUGUGUACUUGCAGAAGUAGGGUUGCCUUUACAAGUCUCAUCAGCUGAAAUUCUAAGUGAACAGUCUGGAUUACCUGUGGAAAAUUCUUCAAUAUAUGACAGCAAUUUAGAAUUUGAAAAGCCUCUUACAGAUGAAUUUUCUUUUCCUUCAGAAUAUCAGUAUGAUAAAAUAGUGUCAGAAGUUUCAAAACAACAAAUGGAACAAAAAUUAGAAAGCUUAAAUUUAGAAGAUGAAUCAUUUAAUGCUUCUGAGAUUUCUAUUGAAAAGCCGGUGGGCAUGUUAAAACCUGAAAUUUUUAUGCACCAUUUUAAAAAAAAUAUAAAGUCACCAUCUUCUGAUAUUGUUCCUUUAUCUCAUUCAUGUGGAGAAAUAAGUGACACAAACAUUGAGUCACUCACAUUUAGUAGUACUACUAGUGUUGAUGAAACUCAUAAGGAAAUGUGUAUAGAUAAUUCUACAUCAAAUAUAACUAAGAUGUUAGAUAAAGACAGUAUUGCAUCAGAACAUGCUCAGAAAUGCAUUGUAAAUAAUAUUGUACCAGCCGUCGAGUGUAUUUCUGGAAGAAUAGAAACAUCAGAAUCUCAAAUUAGAAGGAGUUCUUCAGAUAUUCCUGCUUACACACUAGAUGCAGAUUAUAAAGUAUCUUCAGAUUUAAAUGUGGAUUCGGUAUUGGAAGCUGAAGGGGAUGAAUUGCAACAACUGGAGAAGUAUAUUGAAGGGGACAUCCAUGUUAUGAUUGACAGUGAAUUGAAAAAUGCUAAUGAUGCAGAAUUAAAGAACAUUAGUGACUUAAAUGUAUGUAACAUUGAAGAAGGUACAAAGAAAAAACGGAGGAAUAAAAAGAAAAAGAAAAGCAGUCGGGAAAUUUGUAAUGUGAACGUUACAGGAGAUGAUUAUAAACUUAAUGUCAGUCAAUCAUCCGAAUCAUCUCAUAGAGAAGUGGUUGAAAAAUACCAGUUUUCAGAAAUAGGAAGCAGUGAAGAAUUGCAAAAUAAAUUACCAGAAAUACCUGUUUCAUAUAAUAAUAAAAUUUAUUCUCUGAAAAGUUCUGAAGAAAAUGCAGAAGAGCUUUCAUUUGGCUUAUCUUCAGAAAAAUAUUUAGAAAGUAGUUCUUAUUUAACUCAAGAAAUUCAGCGCUUCAAGGAAGAUGAAUAUAUCAGCUCCAAGGAACCAUUAACAUCUGUUAAGGCUGCAAACAUGUUAAGCAAGAGCAGUGAUAACUCAGAUUCGUUUGACUUCACAUCAAAAUCAGAGCCGUGCCAAAAGAGUAACAUUAGUAAGAAAGCAAAAAAGAACCGUAAAUCAAAAAGUAAAAUACAAGAUGAUUUAAAACCCGGCCAGGCACAAACUGCUGAACCAGUUUAUCCAGUUUCAAACCUUAAUACAAAUCUAGCAAUUACUCCUGGUUCAGCUCUUAGCAUAAAUUAUGUAUCUGAAAAUAAAACAGACUCUACUAAUACUAUUAAGAAAACUUUGAAGCAGAAUAAAAAUAAUACUAUUUCUCAGAAAGUGUCUGAGCAGGAUGAAGAUAAAAACAUGUCUACUAGCGAUUUAGAGCAUGAUAUAAUUGAAGAAGCAUUAUUUAAGGAUGUUAAUGAUAAAGCAAUUGCAGCUAUUUCAUCUUCUGAUGUUCCAACCAAAGCACAUGUUGAAGUGGAUGCUGUUGAUAAAGAAAGCAGGAAUUUAUUUCAGAAAUUGAGUAAUGAAAGCUUAUGCUUAUCAGACAAGCAGCAAUCACCUGUGGAAACUCAGCUUUCUUCAGAAGAUACUUUAAAUGUAACUUCUACAAUUGAAGCAGUAGUUCUUCCAGAAACAAGCAGUAAUAUUUCUCAUCUGUCAAAACCUGAGUCCUGUGAAGAUAAAAGUGUCAAGAAGAAAGCAAAGAAGAAAAAGCAUAAACAAAAAAUGAAACAGGAUCAUAUAACAUCUAAUCAAAUGCAAAACAAAACCACUCGUUCAUUGCAUCAAUUUGAUGAGAAAAAUCUUUCUAUUCCCAGUUUAAGUCCUAGAACAGAACUUUUAUUUGAAUGUGAACCUUCUAGUGUGUCCACUGAUAUCAGCAACCAAAGUGAAAAUAAUAAACUCUCACUUAAAGAUUCAGAUGUACUGAAAAUACAACCAUUUGUUCCUUGUAGUACAUCUGAAACUAUUUUUUCUGUUCCUAAUAAUUCUUUGAAUCGUCUUGUUAAAAUGACAGGUAUUGGCAUCAGUAGUGAAAAAGAGGAAAUAUCAUAUGACUUAUCAAAUGUUAAAAAAUCAAGCUCUGUUUCAGAUGCCACAUUUUUGAUAGGAGAAAGCCAGCAUGUAUUGCAGGAUACAUCAACUGAAAUUUCUGUGAGUGAUAACUGUGUAGAAAGAGUGGAUACAGUGAAUGAAAAUGUACCUUGUACACCAGAAACUGUUCAAUAUAAAGAAACUACUGGCAAAAGAAAGCCAAAGAAGAAAAAAACGAAACAUAAUCAACAUACAUCUGAUCAAAUUCAAAAAGAAGGUUCAUCUAAUGUAAAUGCAUUCGGUAAGCCAGAUCAAGAUUCUAUUCAUAAUGCAGAUUUUAAUACAGCUAAACAUAAUGUAAUUGAUAUUGAACCUCUUGAAAAGUCCAUUCAAGCUGAAACAGGAAAGGCUUCAUUUAAAGAUUUUGAAAUGAAUGUAUCUGAAAUGUCACCAUAUACUGUUAGUGAUGCCUCAAAAACUAUUUUAUGUUCUGAUAUACCUUUGGUAGCAUAUUCUGAAAAAAGCAGAAUUAAAGAAAAACCUGAAGGGUUUGUUAAUUUAUUUGUGAGGGAAAUUUGUGAUUCAAGUGCUCAGUAUCUGCCAGAAGAAAUUCAGCAUGGGACGAGAGAUAUUUCUGGUAUCGCUGUAGAUAAACCAGAUACAACUAGUGACUUAUUACCACAUGCUUUAGUAAUUGAGCCAUUUACAGAAAGAACUAGUCAUAAAAAGUUAAUGAAAAACAAAUUGGAAAGCGAAGAGGAUCAACAAAUUUUUAAUCAAACACAAGUUACUUCUAACAUAGUUCAUGUAAAGUCAGAUUAUGAAGGAGAUCUGGCUAGUUCAGAAAUUGUGUCUGAAUUUGAAGGUAAUUACAGGAAACGUCAGAAAAAACCUAUCCAAAAAGAAGAAAAGCUUCCAGUUAGUGAUUUGGAGUUGAAUAUUUCAAAAACACAGCCAUCUGUUGAAACCAUAACAAUGCCUGUAAAACAUUCUCUGAAGGAGAAUAAUAAUGAAAAAGGAGGUGAAAAAUUAUUUUAUUCAUCUGAUAGGGAAAACACAUCAAAGUCUGCUUUUCAUUUAAUACAUCCACCUGAAGAAGCUGAGCAUGCCUUGUCUGAGGUGAUGGUGAUG